AUGCUGGACAAAAUCAGAUUCAAAGUAUUUCUCGACCGACCAUUUUAUCAACCAGGCCAGACUAUUCAAGGCCACGUAAUCUGCGAACCUCAUCAACCACUUGAAAUCGAUUGUGUUGAAGGAAGAAUUCAUGGAGAAGUUCAAUACAUUCCAAACAAUCAAAACAAUAAUUCCACAACUUCAUCUUUUCCAAAAACUAGAGUUAUAAUAGACGAGAAAGCUCAGUUAUGGAAAUAUCAAACAGUCAGUGAAAUGCUCGGAUUGGAUAUAUUUUAUGAUGAGAACCAGAACAGUCAUUUUUCGAGUGAUAAGCCAUGUGGAUCAUCUACUUCAACGUUCACAUCUUCCGCGACAUUUCCUAUUCAAAUUGACCUACCUCAUUUUGCCCCGCCCACUUUUUAUUGUCCAGGGUCUCCAGUAACUGUGAGAUUCACCUUGGAGAUUCAACUGUACAAUCAAGGAUUCAAAGUGGCUUUUCACGAGGAGAAUUUAGUCGUUCUUAACUAUGAAUCCAUCAAAAGACAAGUCAUUCCCAAGCCAAUCAGUCAUCAAAAAACAUUUCAUUUUCCAAAAGAACGUUCGAUAUCACUAGAUGUUCUUCUUCCAACAGAUGUAUUCACAACGACUGCCAGAAUUGAUAGCUGUAUUACUGUUUGCAAUAAAUGGAAACAAUCCCUAAAGUAUGUGCAUUUAAAUAUUGUCCGUCGUAUUUCUGCAUUGAAUCAAACUAAUGAAGUUAUAGAUACUGUCAAAAUUGAUACAACAGGAGUUGGUCUUCAAUCUGGAAAAACUAAAAUAGCUGUCGGAGAAACGUAUUCAUUCCGUCCAAUGUUCAAUAUUCCCGCACUUCCUCCUAAUAUUAAUGUGAAUGGUUUAUUCAAAACUGAGUAUUCGUUGAAAGUUACAAUUGGUAGAGCUCAUAAUUUUGUUUUGGCUUCAUAUGAAGUUCCAAUUACAAUUGUGACAAUGGAUCAGAGUUAUCGUAAAUCACUGCAGAAAGAAGAUAUCCUUGUCGACAUAUCAACUUCAAAUACUGCUUUAAAUAAAUCACCGGUUGAUCUGCUUGUUUAA